GCGGCCUGGGCAACCUAGCGUCCACCUGCGCUCCUGGGACCCCCGCCCGCCGCGUUCCUUCGGGAUGCGAAUCCCUGAGCGGACUCCCGGGAGGGGCGGGCACACGCGCGGCUGCGCCCGGUGCACAGGGAUGUUGCUGUCCCGGGGGCCCCGGCGCGUGGCCGUGGCCAGCCCCGCGGGCCCCUGAAGCCGCCGUCCGGAGCGCGCCGGCGCCGGGCUCCCGCAGCCGUCAGAGACACCCUUUCCAGUCAUCCAACCUCUCAGGCUUGGACCCAUGGAGCCCGCGGUGUUGGCUCCGCAUCACCUUCCGCAACACGAACCCAUCAGCUUCGGCAUCGAUCAGAUCCUGAGCGGCCCCGAACCCCCGGGGGUCGGUCUGGGUCCAGGUCCGGCGGGUCAGAGCCACGGGGAGAGUGCGGCGUUCUCCAGUGGAUUCCACGGAGCCUCGGGCUACGCUCCAGCGGGCUCGCUGGCCUCCUUGCCUAGAGGCUCGGGAGUGGGCCCCGGCGGCGUGAUCCGAGUCCCCGCGCACCGCCCGCUGCCCGUGCCUCCGCCCUCGGGUGCGGCCCCCGCCGUGGCCGGACCCUCUGGUUUGGGUGGCGCCGGGGGCCUAUCGGGACUCACCUUCCCCUGGAUGGACAGCGGCCGCCGCUUUGCAAAGGAUAGGCUCACGGCUGCGCUUUCGCCCUUCUCUGGGACACGUCGCAUAGGCCACCCCUACCAAAACCGGACCCCCCCGAAGCGCAAGAAGCCGCGCACCUCCUUUUCCCGCUCGCAGGUGCUGGAGUUGGAGCGCCGCUUCUUGCGCCAGAAGUACCUGGCCUCGGCAGAGAGGGCGGCGCUGGCCAAGGCCCUGCGCAUGACGGACGCGCAGGUCAAGACCUGGUUCCAGAACCGACGCACCAAGUGGCGGCGCCAGACGGCGGAGGAGCGCGAGGCUGAGCGGCACCGCGCAGGUCGCCUGCUGCUGCACCUGCAGCAAGACGCGCUGCCCCGGCCGCUGCGGCCACCGCUGCCACCGGACCCGCUCUGCCUGCACAACUCGUCGCUCUUCGCGCUGCAGAAUCUGCAGCCCUGGGCCGAGGACAACAAGGUGGCUUCGGUGUCCGGGCUCGCCUCAGUGGUGUGACCGACGCCUGCCCGACGAGCGCCGACGUGGCCGGGUGCCGAGCCGCCAGCGAAGGGUGAGGAGCGAGCGGAAGGCCGGCGGCUGUUCUCUGAGGCUCCUUAGUCACCAGUGGCCCUUGGCCCGAACUUUGACUCCGCCCUUCAUGGCUUUAAAAAAAAAAAAAGAAAGAAAAAGAAAAAAGAAAACCCGCUGAGAGGUGGGUUUGCAAGAGCAACCUAUAGGAUUGUGAAUGAAGCAGGGACCCUGCAAGGCACUGCGACUCUGCCCUGAGUGGCCUCAGAGCUCAGGUCCUGCUGGGAAGGGGCCACCGAGCUGGUGUGAAGGCAGACAUCAAGGCAGCGGGGGAGGGUUGAUGGAAGAGGCGCUGGCACUAGAGAAUGUGGCCUACUGUGACAGGGACCUCGUCCCUCCUCUGUAAAACAAUCAUUAAGGAUUCCUUC